GAGGCUCACAGAGGAGCACAGCUGUGUCUGGCUGCAGGGCCAAGAGCGCUGUCAAGAAGUGCCACACGCCCCCCUCCAGCCGCUGAAUUCCUGCAGCUCAGCAGCCACAGCGGAGCAGAACGAACCACCAAUCGCAAGGCACCUCUGAGAACUUCAGGAUGCAGAUGUCUCCAGCUCUUACCUGCCUGUUCCUGGGCCUGGCCCUCGUCUUUGGUGAAGGGUCCACCGUGCCCCAUCCCACAUCCCACGUGGCCCACCUGGCCUCAGACUUCGGGGUGAGGGUGUUUCAGCAGGUGGUGCAGGCCUCCAAGGACCGCAACGUGGUUUUCUCACCCUAUGGGGUGGCCUCGGUGUUGGCCAUGCUGCAGUCGACCACGGGAGGAGAAACGCGGAGGCAGAUCCAAGCGGCCAUGGGAUUCAAGAUUGAUGACAAGGGUACAGCCCCCACUCUCCGACAUCUGUACAAGGAGCUGAUGGGGCCGUGGAACAAGGACGAGAUCAGCACAACAGACGCCAUCUUCGUCCAGCGGGACCUGAAGCUGGUCCCGGGCUUCAUGCCUCACUUCUUCAGGCUCUUUCGGACCAUGGUUAAGCAGGUGGACUUUGUAGAGGUGGAGAGAGCCAGAUUCAUCAUCAAUGACUGGGUGAAGACACACACAAAAGGUAUGAUCAGCGACUUGCUUGGGAAAGGGGCCGUGGACCAGCUGACGAGGCUGGUGCUGGUGAAUGCCCUCUACUUCAAUGGCCACUGGAAGACUCCCUUCCCCGACUCCGGCACCCACCACCGUCUCUUCCACAAGUCAGACGGCAGCACUGUCUCCGUGCCCAUGAUGACUCAGACCAACAAGUUCAACUAUACUGAGUUCACCACACCUGACGGCCAUUACUACGACAUCCUGGAGCUGCCCUACCACGGGACCACCCUCAGCAUGUUCAUUGCUGCCCCUUAUGAAAAACAGGUGCCUCUCUCUGCCCUCACCAACAUUCUGAGUGCCCAGCUCAUCAGCCACUGGAAAGGCAACAUGACCAGGCUGCCCCGCCUCCUGGUUCUGCCCAAGUUCUCCCUGGAGACGGAAGUCGACCUCAGGAAACCCCUAGAGAACUUGGGAAUGACCGAGAUAUUCAGACCAUUCCAGGCGGACUUCACGAGUCUUUCAGACCAAGAGCCUCUCCACGUCGCGCAGGCACUGCAGAAAGUGAAGAUCGAGGUGAACGAGAGCGGCACAGUGGCCUCCUCAUCCACAGCUGUCAUAGUCUCAGCCCGAAUGGCCCCCGAGGAGAUCAUCAUGGACAGACCAUUCCUUUUUGUGGUCCGGCACAACCCCACAGGAACAGUUCUUUUCAUGGGCCAAGUCAUGGAACCCUGACCCUGGGGAAAAACGCCUUCAUCUGGGACAAACUGGAGAUGCAUCGGGAAAGAAGAAACUCCGAAGACAAGAAUUUUAGUGUUAAUGACUCUUUCUGGAGGAAGAGAAGACAUUUGCCUUUCGUGAAAAGAUGGUAAACCAGAUAUGUCUCCAAGACCUCAGCCUCUCCUUGGAGGACCUUUAGGUCAAACUCCCUAGUCUCUGCCUGGGACCCUGGGAGAGAAGUUUGAAGCACAACUCCCUCAAGGUCUCCAAACCAAAAGGUGACGCCUGCGGGACCAUCUGGGCACCUGCUUCCGCCCGUCUCUCUGCCCACUUGGGUCUGCAGACCUGGUUCCCACUGAGAACCUUUGCAGGAUGGAAUCACGGGGCUUACAGGAGCUUUUGUGUGCUUGGUAGAAACUAUUUCUGUUCCAGUCUCAUUGCCAUCAGUCUUGUACUGUCUGCCACCGCGGAGGAGGCUGGUGACAGGCCAAAGGCCAAAGGAAGAAACACUUAUUCAUCUCAGAGUCCAUUUUGGCACUGACCACCCCUACCCAGCACAGAGAUGCUGAAGGUAGCAGAGUGAAUGCCCCCCAAGCCCUGAGACCCUCCUGGCCUGGCCGUCUCCCUCCCCAGAAACAGUGUGCAUGGAUUAUUUUGGAGUGUAGGUGACUUGUUUACUCAUUGAAGCAGGUUUCUGCUUCGUUUUAUUUUUAUAGGAAUAGAGGAAGAAAGGUCAGAUGUGUGCGCAGCUCUUCACCCCCAAUCUCUUGGUGGGGAGAGUGGAACGCCAGAGGUGUGCCUGAAUAUUUAUUAUAUCUUUGCCCUUGUGUGCUUGUUAGAGAGAAAGGGAACUAUUACGGAAAAUAAUAGUAUUUAAACUUGC